CUGGCUAAGGCGAACAGGCUGGCCUCGUGUGUUCUGGAGCUUGUCCCAGAGGUUCCGGUGGAAGGCUUCGGGAAGGUCUGCCCCGUAUCGGCGGGCCUUUGCGGUGGGGCUUCCGGAUUUGGAGAGGAAAAAAUCUGCUUUGGUGGGUUUGUCGAUUCCGCACUAGGUUGGGCCGCUGCUGGUGUCGUUUUUGGUGUCUGAAAGGGUCCAGAUUUGCAUGAGCCGCUUCAGGGGUGUGACAGAAAUUGUUCCAGAAGCUGAAAAGGUGCCAGAAACUAGCCAAGCCAACCGCGGCAACAUAAUGCGGAAUCGACAAACAUACCAAGCCCAAAUCUGGGAACAUUUCAAGGCAGCGGAGGUGCCGCCGGGUUCGGCUUCCAUUUUCUCUUGUGUCGUUCUCCGGCUUUUCGCCUUUUCAAUAGUUUCUUUGCGAGCGUUCUGUUGUGGGAAGGGAAGGACGGGUGGCGCGGUGGCUUGGCCGCUGCGUGGCGCCUGCGGUGGGGGGCGCCGUGCUUGGCCAUAUUAUAAACGAACUACGUGGAGACGCGACGCACCUAAGGGAGGGAGAGUCGCGAAAGAUGUGUGAAGGGCGCCAGCGGCUGAUGGGGUAGGAGGUAGAGGCCGCUGAACCGGGCGAAGAAGACAACCCAGGCCACGGUGAGGGCAGGCCCCCCCGCUGUUGCUGUCUCGCCUCGUGAACGAAGUGGACAGUGGCUGGGCGGAUGGGUUCGCCCAAUGGAGGCCAAAGUCCACAGCGCUGACAAGGUCCAAGGCCGUCACUGACACAUCCAGCGCCACGCCACGUGCCGCAGCACUACCACUAGCGCCAAGACGCUCCAUCCAUUGAGCAGUUACGCGCGGCUUCACAACGGGAGUACAUGUACAACGCUACGCUGGCUCAUAUGGGAGAGCCGGCGCCAGACAAGACGCGCAGCGACUCGUGGACAAUCCACACAGACACAGACACCCUAGACGCGCUCGCGCUUCACCGCCUAGCCGACUAACAGUUUGAAAGAAAUUGAAAUUUACUUUUUUUCCCUACGAGCCAAUAUGACUUCUGUUGAAUCGACUCGGUUGCGCGCUGCGUGGGUUAUUAUGUCUAUGAGUUCGUGAUGUGGUCAUUUAUUCGUGACUUGAUGAGCGGUUGUCAUCGAUGUUAGAGGGUUAAGUCGCUCUCGCUUCUUCCGUCUGUUGAGAGACUUCCGUUCGAUUUCGGCUGAUCCAGUUGGUCACUUAAUUUUCGUUUAUCUGUCGUUCGCUUCUGUUUUGAACGGGUACGAGAGUGAGGCACGAGGGUGGAGAGUUAAUAUGGUCUUGCUCUUCGCCUCUUUCUGCUUCUUUCGCCUGUAACUUUUAAGUAGCUAGUUUGAGCCUGCUGGCCUUUUGAGUAGCCACGAUUGUUCAUGGGGGAUGGAUGGGAUUGGGUCUAGAAGAUUCUGGUAUGGUGAACCGGUACCCUUGGACUUGUCAGGAACGGUGGUCUAGAGUCAACAGUGCGAGCACCCACCCUCCCCAGUGCACUUCCACCAGAGUGCCUGGGAGGUGGGACGCCAAGGGCUGAAGCAUCAGCUCUGGGCUUUUAUCUGAUCAAUAGAAUAGGCUAUAGCUUCUGCGCGUUCGCCCUUGCUAUGCUUUCUUACGAGCGUUGAGUGUGCGAGACGCGUCUAGGUUCUGAUCCCUCUUUCCCUUCAUCCUCCUCAAGGUCAAAUAUCGCAUCUACUAAGGAUAUCCAGGACAUCUUCAAACACAUUCUUUUUUUGCCGACGCCGACCAGGUAGGUUUGAUAAAGUACGUAAUUGCUGUUUCAUAGUUGACGUAGUCCACGUACAACUCUAGCCAGGCACUACCCUAGAUCAAGACUAGAUGCGAAAGUUUUCUCCUGCAUUGUCCUUGUCACGUCCCCUCCGGGACCUCUUUCAACUCCUCUGGAUGUUGACAUUUGCAGCAGUUGGUGCUCAUGCGCGCCUCGAUGGCAAAAGGUCUUGCUUCUGCGAAGGGUCGUCUUCGUGUCCUUGUGGACCAGAAGGAAACUCUCGCAGCUCCAGCUCAUCGGGCACUAUGACUGUGAUGUGCCGGGACAUGCGACAGGGAGUUGUGACGCUGAAUGGCGACGCGGAGGGAGCAAAGAGUCUCGAAGAGUUCUUGCGAGCGCAAGGCGGUGUGAUUUGGUCGAAGGUCCCCGCCACAAAGCGUCCGUCGCGAGCUUGGAAAGAGGGGGCUCCUAAGAAAGCCAUGAACACUUUCGAGGAAUACAUGAAGAGUGACGCGGUACCACGAAUACAAUUUUUAUCGUGUUCCUCGUGUUCGUUGCAGUUUUUCACAAAUAAUACGUUAUGUAGGCGCCGUUAA